UUGAAUAGUUUUCCAGCUCUGAAAUUAACCAGCCGCCUGAUAACCAAAUUAAAAGUUAUUAAAUCGCAGCAAAGUGUGCACAAUGAGCGAGCAGAAAACGAGUGGGUCGUCUGCGGCCCGUCAGCAAAUUGAGGCCGAAUACAAGAUCAAACGGCCGGAAUGGCACCGAUUCUACAAGGAAAUUUGCGAGACCUGCGACAGAGAGGCUAAGGAGAAAAAUUUCUGCACCUCGGAAUCGGAACGUCACACAAAUCGGGGCCUGAAUCGCUAUCGGGAUGUGAACCCGUACGACCAUUCCCGCAUUGUUUUGAAGCGUGGCAGCGUGGACUACAUCAAUGCCAACCUGGUUAAGCUGGACCGUGCCGACCGUCAGUACAUUCUUACCCAGGGACCGCUAGUGGACACAGUCGGUCACUUCUGGCUUAUGGUCUGGGAGCAAAAGUCCAGAGCGAUUCUUAUGCUCAAUAAGCUGAUGGAGAAGAAGCAGGUUAAAUGCCAUCUAUACUGGCCCAACGAAAUGGGAGCCGAAAAGGCUCUGAAGCUGCCUAAUGUUAAGCUUACGGUGGAGCUCAUCCGCUGCGAGACCUACCAGAACUUUGUGCGGCGAUGGUUCAAGCUAACUGAUCUCGAAACGCAACAGAGUCGCGAGGUGAUGCAGUUCCACUACACAACGUGGCCGGACUUUGGCAUACCCAGCUCACCGAAUGCAUUCCUUAAGUUCUUGCAGCAGGUUCGCGACUCCGGCUGCCUCAGCCGCGAAGUCGGUCCUGCCGUAGUUCACUGCAGCGCCGGUAUUGGGCGCUCAGGCACCUUCUGCCUGGUAGACUGCUGCCUGGUCCUGAUCGAUAAAUACGGCGAGUGCAAUGUGUCCAAGGUGCUCUGUGAGCUGCGCAGCUACCGCAUGGGCCUGAUCCAAACCGCCGACCAGUUGGACUUCUCGUACCAGGCGAUCAUCGAGGGCAUCAAGAAGCUGCAUGAUCCCACCUUUCUGGACGCUGAGGAACCCAUCAUCAGCAACGACACAGACACCCACACACUGGAUGAGCUGCCACCGCCAUUGCCGCCUCGCGUUCAAUCGCUUAACCUGCCACUGGCCCCUAAUUCCGGCGGCAUACUCUCGCUUAAUAUGCGCGCAGCCCAGGCGAAUGGAGCUGAAAAUAUCGGAGAUCUGAUCGGCGAAAAGUUAAGCAAGGAUGCUCUAAACAACUUCAUUAAUCAACACGAUAUGAUCCACGAUGCGGAGGUGGCAGACAGCCGUCCUUUGCCGCCGAUUCCCGUCAGAGCUCUUAACGAAUCAGAUAGCGAUGAGGAUUACUUGUUGGAUGACGACGAUGAGGACGAUUCAGAUGAGGAUGAGGAGUAUGAGACCAUUAACGAACACGACACCGAACCAGUUAAUGGCCUUGUGCCCCUGACGACGACUCAGCCGCACGCCGACGAUGUGAAUGCCAAUAGCGAAAAGCCAGCGCCAGCCGAAGAACAACACAAAGCUAACGGAAUUGAUCCAGUAUCAGGCCAGCUCCCAGCCAGUCCCGAGAACGAGCUGAAGAGGCGAAAACGCAACGAGUACCAGGCCAGCCUGGAACAGAAGGUCAACGACAUUAAGCGGAAGCAGCGGGAGAACGAGGACAGCCAGCUGGCGGCAAAGAAACGAAGGUCAUUACUCACAUAUAUUGCCGCUGGUGUUGUGGUUGGCGUGAUCUGCGCCUACGCAUACACGAAGCUAGGUUAAGUGCCCUGUAGCCACUAAGUAGCCGUAGACCAGUAGUAGCAAUAGCUGUAUGACGUAUUUAGUUGCCGUAGGACACAGAUUCCUCCCCUGAUGUCCGAUUUCCGACUACCGAUCCUCACCAGCUCGUCCGCCUGGCCUGGCAUUUAAUGUGGGCACAAAUCAAGGACGAGACUCGGAUCGGUUAGGAUCAGAGAUCGGAUGGAAUCGCACCGCAAUCACCCAUGGAUUGUGGCGGAUCGAGCUGAACGAACGAUACACGAUGCAUAAAUAUUAGGGAAUUUUUUACAUACAAAAAACAAAUGAACUUAAAAACAUACAAAAAAAAAAUGAAUCGUGCAACUAAACUAAACGAGAAUCGGGUAGAAAUCACGUCAAAUGUAGAUUUUGCGCAAUAGACUGACAUUUUAGAACAAAUUUAUUUUCUACACUUUUUAAAUGGAUUGAUAACAGACCAGAUCCCCCAAGAAAACCACACCAAAUGCUAAAUUCACCUUGCUCGCUUACACGCUCGCUAUGCAAUAAAGUUGAUAUAAAUAUUAUAGUUACCAACGAUUCAAGCACCACGACAUCCACACCCCCACUCACGCGCUUCACUUGUUGUUGUACAGCAAUUUCUUAUAGCAUACGACCUAUGUAUAUUUAUUUAUGAAGAUUUAUGAGAAACGAACACUUGUUGUAGUACAUGGCAAAAAUAUAAAGUGCAGCAACGUGCCAAAAAGAAACGAAACGAAGAGUUGUAUGAAAGCCCUUCAUGACCUUAAAUUUUACUUUGCCGCCCGCUCCGAACUAGCUUUGAAUUGUUGUGUUUUAAACUACUUUCUUCUUUGAAAAGCACUUUUUUAAAACAAAUAGAAUACAGCGCCAUUAAAGCAAUAAUAUAAUGAAAAGUAAACAGCACAAAGUACACCUAUAUCUCGUUUAACGUUUUAUGAUCAAAAUUAUUGAUUUUUAUAUAUGACCCCAAGUAUCUAAAAUCAAAAUAAAGUGAUUAUUUUCUAAAUUGUAACCUUGGACUUGGAAAGUUGCAUAUUAAAUUAAAUUAAAAACAUUUAACUAAGUCGCUAAGCGAAGUAUAGGUGUAUGAUUUAAUGAUUUUGUAACGAAGGUUUUGUCAUAGCAAAAUCAUUUUGUAUUCAAAAACGACGAGGAAAAAUCCGGAAAACUAUUCAAUGGUUUUUCCAGUAGUGUAAGUGUGUAACCCCAAUUCCCAAAAACAUAUUUACAUAAACGUGCAGCGUAAGAGAGCGCAAAAAUUCGACAAGAAUUAUUUUUUAUAUGUGUAACCCACAAUUUAACAAAAAUUCAAGUAUAACCACCCACGAAAACGAGGCAGAACGAAUAUGAAAGAAAUCGGAUUAGCCAAGGAGGAUAACUAAUAAACGAAAAUACAUAUUUAUAUUAAUUAUAUUUAACAGUAACAACAUGAACAAUACCUAUAGUAAUGCCUAGUUAACUGAACGUCGGCUAAGUACACAAUCCAUACACUGAAAAAAAACGAACACCACACAAAACAAACCAACACAAGUACUAUAUAUAAUGCCUAUGAGAGAAUGAAAGGAGAAGUGAGAGAAAGUAUUCAAAUAAAGCUAUUCAUUUAAGACACGAAAAA